AUGGCCGCCCGCUGCUUUGGGCUCCUGCUGUGCUGUGCUGUGCUCGGCUCUGCCCGUGCCCUGGUGGAUCCUGAUGACGUCAUCACGAAGGAGGAGCAGAUCUAUCUGUUGUUUGAAGCUAAGGAAGAUUGUGAAAAAAAUCUGAGAACAAGAGCAGCACAGACAGAAGGUGCUGUCUGCCAGCCUGAGUGGGACGGCAUUGUGUGUUGGCCCUCUGCCCAGGCCAACCACAGCGUCUCUGUCUCCUGCCCCCACUACAUCCAUGACUUUAACCACAAAGGACAUGCCUAUCGCAGGUGCAGUGCUCACGGUGACUGGGAGCUGGUUUCCAGCAGGAACAGAACCUGGGCAAACUACACUGAAUGCAUUCAGCUCCAGAGGGCAGACCUGUGGCACCAAAAGGAAGUGUUUGACCGUCUGCACCUGAUGUAUACAGUGGGUUAUUCCAUUUCUCUGGCCUCCCUGCUGGGCGCUGUUGCCAUACUCAGCUAUUUCAAACGGCUGCACUGCACCAGGAACUACAUCCACAUGCACCUUUUUACUUCCUUCAUGUGCCGGGCCAUCAGCAUCUUUGUCAAGGAUGCUGUAGUCUAUUCGGACUCGGAGAUGGAUGGGCUGGAGGUCCGCACUGAAGAUUUAGUGGGUGAUGUGACACUACUCCCCAGCAACAAGCAGUUUGUUGGCUGUAAGGUGGCAGUGAUCUCAUUUCUGUAUUUCCUUGCUACCAAUCACUACUGGAUUCUGGUGGAGGGCCUUUACCUGCACAGUCUGAUCUUCAUGGCUUUCUUAUCGGACAAGAAGUAUCUCUGGGCACUGACUCUGAUUGGCUGGGGAGUCCCUGCGGUGGUGGUGGCUGUAUGGGGAAGCACCAGAGCGUUGCUGGCCGAUACACAGUGCUGGGACCUCAGUGCUGGAAACGUGAAGUGGAUUUACCAAGUUCCCAUUCUUGCUGCCGUUGUGGUAAAUUUCUUCCUCUUUAUCAACAUUGUCCGUGUUUUGGCAUCAAAACUGUGGGAAACAAAUACAGGAAAGCUAAACCCUCGGCAACAGUACAGAAAACUGUUGAAGUCCACACUUGUCCUUAUGCCUCUUUUUGGUGUCCAUUAUGUGGUUUUUAUGGCCAUACCAUACACUGAUGUCUCCGGGAUCCUCUGGCAGAUCCAGAUGCAUUACGAGAUGCUCUUCAAUUCCUCUCAGGGCUUUUUUGUUGCAUUUAUCUACUGCUUCUGCAAUGGUGAGGUUCAGGCAGAAAUAAAGAAGUCCUGGUUGAGGCGGAACAUACGCCUGAAUUUUCAGCAACAGGCACGGGCAGGCAGUAGCUGCCCUUAUGGAGCUGUGACCUCUCAUGCUACUAACAGCAUUAGCAGCACCAUCGCCACACGAGGCCUGUCCACAACACACAGUAAUGCCCGGCCCUGCACCCUGCCUCUGCAUUCCAUCAUCAAGCUGCCUGGUAACACUCCAAGUACACCCCCCUCAGACAACUACCUGCCCUCUCCCAGCCUGGCCAACACGGAGAGACAUGUAGAGGGCACGGAGAAAAAUGUAGAGGGCAUGGAGCGGGAGCAGCAUCUCCAUCCUUCUCUCCAUCAUCAAUGGGAAACAGUGAUGUGA